AUGCCGCGCUUCGGCCUCAUCGGCCUUCUCCUCCUCCUCACGGUGGCGACCUACUUCAUCUCUUCUGGUGAGGGCGCGGUCGACUUUGGUUACCCCGAUCGGUGCUUCUUCUCCGUGGGCAAGUCGGCCAAGGGCGCCUGGUGGUUCAUCGACCCCAAGGGCUCCCGUUUCUUCUCCAACGGCGUCGAUGUCGUCAACUACGGCGGCGACCGAAGCACCACCGGUGUGUCUGCGUACAACGACGCUGUGAAGCGCAAGUUCGGCGGAAGCCAGUCGUCCUGGGCCGACUCGGUCACGUCGCGCCUCGUGUCGUGGAAUCUCAACACGAUGGGCGCGUGGUGCGACUCGGUGGCGAUCAGCAAGGGCAUGCCCUACACGCGCGAGAUCGGUUUGGGCAAGAACUUCGGCACGUGGGCUCGUGGCAUGUUCCCCGACGUGUUCGACCCGGCGUGGGAGACGCGCGUCAACGGCCUCGCCAUGGAUCGCUGCUCGCCCUAUCGCACCGAUCCGCUCUUGAUCGGCUACUUCCUCGACAACGAGAUGUGGUGGGGUGACGACUGGCGGUUGGCGGGCAGCAUUCUCGACAACAUGCUCAUCUCGCUCAACCUGACCUCGCCCGGACGCGUCCGCGCCGUCUCAUUCCUCAAGACCAGGUAUCCGACCAUCACCGCGCUCAACAAGGCCUGGAACACGACCUACACGAGCUUCGACACCAUCAAAACGCUUCCCGGUCGUUCGGCCGUGCACACGACCGACUCUAACGACUUUGCCUACAUCGCCUCGAGCAAGUUCUUCAACGUCACCGUCUCUGGCAUGCGCACCCUCACCCGCCACCGCUUUCCCAUUCGUAAGGUGGACCCGUACCACAUGGUCAUGGGCGCGCGGUUCGUCGGCAAGCCCAUCGACGCCGUGCUCAAGGCUACGGCGGAGUGGAAUGAUGUAAUCUCGAUCAACUCGUAUCCCAGCAACAGUGAGCGCAAUGGUCCGCCCAUGUCGCGCAUCGUGGCCAUCUACAACGCCACCAACAAGCCCAUCCUCAUCGGCGAGUUUGCCUACAAGGCCAACGACUCUGGACUACCGAACACCAAGGGAGCAGGCCUCACGGUGGCGACGCAGGCUCAGCGCGCGCAGGGCUACAGGAACUACACCACCACUCUGGCUCCCCACCCGGCCUUGGUCGGAUUCCACUGGUUCCAGUGGGUAGACCAGCCGGUCGCUGGGCGCGAGAGCGACGGCGAGAACAGCAACUUCGGUCUUGUCAACAAGGACGAUGUGACCUACACGGAUCUGACCAACAUGAUGAAGACGACCAUCCCCACGCUCUCGACCUUGCACGAGAGCACCACCACGGGCCUCAAGGCUGCCAGGUGCUACACCACGUUGACAUGCCCGAACGGCUGCUCCGGCCACGGCUGCUGCAACACCAAGACCGGCGUGUGCAAGUGCGACACAGGCUUCCUGGGCGCUAACUGCGGCACCGACGCUUCCAAACUGCAAGUCACGUCGUUCGGCAGCUCGCUCAACACCACCGUGUGGACGGCGAGCACCUCGACUUCGAGCCCCAGCGAGGCCUUCCAGCCGGGCAAGGUGUCGACGUCGUCCAACCAGCUCAAGCUGGCGAUCUCGCCUUGCACGACAGCGGCGCCGUGCAGCGGGAAGAACUUCUCGGCAGGCUCGGUGUUCACGCAGUCAACGAGCUUCGGCUAUGGCAUCUACACGGCCUUCUUCAAGGCGCCUGCCACUACCGGUUUCACUGCCCAGUUUGGCUUGAACAGCCGGACGUCGUCUCUCGACGCCAUCACCCUCCGCGUGCGCGCCAACCAGGGUACUGCCAAUAAUGGCGGCACGCUCGAUUACUACAACGACGGGGCGUACAAGUAUCUCAAGUGGAUUGGCGGGCUUGCGUUGGGCAACCCGUCGUCGGGCUUCCACAACUACACGAUCCACUACAUGCCCACCUACUUUGCCUUCUACGCCGGCGGCGUCCUCCUCGGCUCGUACAACUUGACGACGGCGCUGGCCGGGCUGCCCAACUCGACGAUGGCCAUCACGCUGUUCGUCUCGGCGACCAACACUUCGCCCAAGGUGAGCGACGCCAUGUACGUCCAGUCGGUCUCCUACACCCAGGUGGGCGGCACCAAGGCCACUUGCUAG